AUGGCGCCCACACGGACAAGAACCGUCAAGAACAAGCAUGCUGCCAACAAGUCUGGCAUCAAAAGCAGCAGGAGCUCCAAAAACCCGGAUAUCGACCCAGUCUCCAAGUCCAAGAAGCCCAAGGGAAAGAACGCUAUCCAAACGCCCCUGAAGGGCAGGCCGUCAAUAUCAGACUUGCUCAAGAAGCGCAAGAAGAAGGUUUACUCUGAAAAGGAACUGGACAUCCCCAAGCUCAACAUGAUCACCCCUGUGGGCGUGGAGAAGCCGAAGGGCAAGAAGAAGGGCAAGGUUUUCGUGGACGACAGGGAGAGCAUGUCUACGAUUCUUGCGAUGGUCCAGGCUGAGAAGGAGGGCCAGAUCGAGUCAAAGAUCAUGAAGGCGCGCCAGAUGGAGGAGAUCCGUGAAGCGAGAAAGGCCGAGGCGGAGAAGAAGGAAGCUGAGCGCAAGGCGAAGUUCGACGAAACCAAAGAGUCUCUACGGAGGAAACGAAAGCGAACAAAGAAGGGCGGGGAGGACGACAGCAAUAUCAACGAGUUUGCAUCGGCAGGAACCAAGGCUGCCAAGCCUAAGAAGAGGAAGAGUGUGUCUUUUGCAGACGAGUAA